UAUCCUUUUUGUUCUCUCUAUGAGUAAUAUUCUAAAAACAUAUAUCAUCACCAGCGAUGAGCGACACGCAAGGAAAUAGGAGAAGAUGGUAUGACUGUCUUCCAUCUUCUUGGGUCCCUUACAUGGAACUCUGUCACAUUAGUACACCGGCACCUAUUUUCCUGAUAUAUUUUCCUCAUUUAUACGGUGUUAUAUACGCAGCCAUUGUGCGAAAUUCCCCGGUAGCUGAGGUGUUGCAUAUGUGUAGUGUGCUUCUUACCGGCACCAUUUUCUUUUCGAACGCUGCACAUGCUUGGAACGACCUAAUCGACGCCCCCAUAGACAAGAUGAUCCGUCGUACGAAAAACCGCCCCAUCCCCCGAGGUGCCAUUUCCCCUUUGUCUGCGUUCAUAUUUGCCUUAAUACAUGCCUUUGGAGCGGCAUGCCACUUGUUAGUCUUACCAAGAGACACCGCUAUAUGUACCCUCCCAACUGUCCUUGGAACUACGUACUACCCGUGGGCCAAACGACACACCUACUUCCCCCAGGUAGUACUAGGAUUCUGCCUAGCAUGGGGGGCAAUGGUCGGCGCUUCUGCCAUGGGCAUCCAACAACCUUGGACUAAGGGUACAGCUAUAUGCUUGUUCCUUGCUUGUCUCUUCUGGACUGUUAUGUAUGACACUAUUUAUAGCCAUAUGGAUUUGGAGGAAGACAUCAAAAUAGGGGUCAAAAGCAUGGCAGUCUACUUUCAGGGUAAAGCAAAGCUACUACUAUGGUUCGUCCUGGUUUGCAUGAUAUCCUCACUUAUUCUUUGCGGUAAUAUGGUUGGAUUAGGACGUCAGUACAUGGUUACCACAGUGGGAGGCUGUCUAGCAUCCCAGGCAAUGAUUGUUCAGAUGGUAGAUCUAAAAGAUCCACAAAAUUGCUGGUGGUGGUUUGCAAAUGGCUUCUGGGUUACUGGAGGACUUAUAGCAGGCGGGCUAGUUUCAGAAUAUGUAAUUCGUUCCGUAUGAGUUUGCAAGCGACAUCCCAGGGACUUAGGCUGCUUUGGUGUAUAUCUUUUAUAUGGAUGGA